UAGUUAUUUUAGGUUGCAAAUGUAAUUUUAAAGUUGAACAAUCAACAGUAAUAGCUUUACUAUGUUUGGUUUUUUGUACAAAGUAAAUGUUUCAAUAUUUACUAUAUUAUUUAAGGAAUGAGAAGCAAGUUUAAAAGAUAUGUUCUUCAUUUUUGUUGUUGCCAUACUUUUUCUAACUCCAAAAUUUAUUGAGAGUGGUGGUACAACACAAAAUCUUAAAGAAAUAUUUAUUGGACGAUGUUGGCACUAUCAAGUGCUAGCCAAAGAAAAUAAAAUUGAUGAGUUAAAAACAAUAGUAAAUUGUACAAAGCUUUGGAAUGAAUUUUAUGCUAGCUUUGCAUUCAAGAAUCCUUGUGAUGUUACCAAAAACAGCUAUAAACCUUUUUUUGAAAUGUUAGAAAAUCCAAAAAAAAUUCGAAAUGCUAUGUUUUGGUCUGGAUCUAGUACCCUUGUACAUCAGUUUACAUUUAUUAAUGAUCAGCAUAUUGUUCUUGAGGAAACAAUGACAGGAUAUUUAAUGAAUGAACUAACUUGGUGUGGAUCACCUACCACGCCUGAUGGUUUGAAUUACACCAAAUGUAAUGCAAAGAAUAAUGUUUGUAAUGCAAUGUAUCCUGCAUGGUUUAUAGCAUCAAAAAAGUUUGCAGAAAGAGCAGCGGGCAUUUCUCAUGUCUUGCUUAAUGGCAGUCGACCGGACAACAACCCUGCAUAUUUAAAAGGAAGCUUCUUUCGCAGUGUUGAGGUACCAUAUUUAAAAAUUGAUAAGUUAAUUGCAUUAGUCGCAACAAACAUUGGAACAAAUAAAAGAGAGUACUGCGGUUCUCCUUCGUUGCGGGAAUUAGAAAAAGACACAGCUGCUUUAAAUAUAAAUUUUGAAUGUGUUGAUCAGCCAUUGUUGGUUCUGAGAAUUUACUGUCUUAAAAUUCCUCAAGCUCCCGAAUGCGACCCGAAAAAUUUUCCUGUCGGAAAUGAUCGCUAUUCUUCCUCAAGCGAGUUUGAAGACAUCAGGUUAUGGAAGAUAUCUUGUUUUACGCUUGUUGCCGUUGUUGCUUCGGUUCUGCUUUUUCUUGGCUUGAGUUAUGUUCGCAAGCAAUACUUUCAAAAGCACUUUACUUUAAAUUACAGUAUAUCCUCGAGCAAACCAAUAGUUAAUGAUGUCUGACAAGAUUAGUUUAAUUGAAAUAUUUAGCUUCUCCUUGUACAUAGAUUCCGAGUGGUUGAAACAAAUAACAUAAUUGUAUAGGAAGUUUGAUAAAACAUUUUUUUGAAGUUUUUUUUGGUUGUGGUUUUUUGCAAUGCUUACCUGUUUUAUGUUACUUCAACAAGCUAUCUUCCACAUCUUGACAUAAAAACAAAGUACUGUCUACUGAAGCGAAGUAAUGUCUACUGGCGUCCAAAGUUUUACUUAUCUCAGUUUUUAAUGGCACUCGUUUCGAAACUCGGUGGAACUGAAACAAACGUAUUAAGUUGUACUAUAAAUUUGAUUACGUCAUGUUUAUACUUAAAUAUUUUAAUACUAGUUUGAUUA